UAGGAAUAUUACAAAUGUUGUGCGAUCAUCGUCCAUUUUUGAUGUCGUCGGGAUUGUAUCGCCUUGAAUAGUUUCUAUAGGUGUCCUGUGUUACCAUUGUGUAUGUCACGCUUUAACUUUCACUUUCGAAACCUUUGUGGAAGUCCUUACCAAGGUGGAGACGUGAUCUUCAGCCGGGAUGGAAACUCCAUCUUCUCGCCAGUAGGAAACAGAGUGAACGAGGUAGACCUUGUGAACGGCAGAUGCCGAACCUUCGAUUUGCAAGCAAGAGUGAACAUAAUUCGUCUUUGCAUCUCUCCAAAAGAAGACUUGUUGUUAGCAAUUGGCGAAACUGGUCAAACUCUUCUUUUUAAUCUUGCGAGAGGUGUGGUUAUACAUAGGUUCAACAUAUCAGGUGGUGCUUUAAAGGCCGGAAAAAAAGGUUCCAAAUAUAGCUUUGUGAAAAAGCCAAACAUAGCUUGUGCAACGUUCAGUCCGGAUGGUAGUUAUUUUGCUGUUGCUGUUGGCAAGGAAGUGCAAAUAUGGCAGGUUCCCCAAAGGCCAUACCCAGAAUACUCUGCGUUUAUGUUGGUACGCAAGUAUACAGGUUUCAGAGAAGAAGUUACUUGUAUCGACUGGUCGCCAAACGGAAUGUUCAUAGCAGCAGGUUCGAAGGAUCUCAGUGUGAGAAUUUUCUCGUUCCCACAAAUGGAAGGAUUUCUGCCCGUUUCUUUAACAGGAUCUAAAGAGAAGAUCGUCAGUGUUCGGUUCUCAGCAGAUUCGAGGCGACUGAUGAUAUUUGGAAGAGAUGGCUUGUUACUGAACUGGUUCCUAUCAUACGAUGCUAAAGAGGACUCUUCAUUUAAACAAUUAGAUUGGAAUGGUACUGUACAGCCUAAGCUACUUUCGAAACAUUCCUUAAAGCAGGUCAAUCUCCGCAAAAUUGUUUGUGCAACCACGCAGCGCGACACUGGAAUGAUUGCAGUUGGAUAUAGCUCUGGAGUAUUUGCACUUUUUAGUGGAGUUCCUGAACCUGAAUCAGUGUCUCAAAUGGAAACUGGAAUAUACGAAAAGAAAAAGGUAGAGUUUUCUGAACUUGAAAUGUUGCAAUCUUUAUCCUGCUCUUCUUCAUCGCUGACUUGCAUUUCCAUAAAUCCAUCUGGAGAGUGGCUAGCUCUUGGCUCGAGUGAAUCAGGAAGUCUCAUCGUUUGGGAAUGGCAGUCAGAAACUCAUGUUUUGAAACAACAAGGACAUUCAUUGGAUCUUUCUUGUUUGGCUUUCUCACCAGAUGGCCGUUUGGUUGUUACCGGCGGUGACGAUGCGAAAGUCAAAGUUUGGCAUACAUCUUCGGGUUUUUGCAAUGUUAGUUUUAAUGAUCACGAAGCUGCUAUUACUGGAAUUACAUUUGCUGGAAACAAAUCAGACGUUGUUAUUUCUUCUUCGUUGGAUGGAACAGUGCGAGCCUUUGACUUGAAACGGUAUCGAUGUUUCCGUGUGCUUGUAGCAGGAAGUGACAGAAGACAGUUUUCUUGUGUCGCAGUAGAUAUUUGGGGAGAUUUGGUGGCAGCUGGCUCUCAGGACAACUUUGAAGUUUAUCUUUGGUCUCUCCGAACAGGCGAUGUCCUUGAGGUUCUUACCGGGCAUGAGGGACCAGUGAGUAGCUUAGCCUUCUCACCAACGAAAGGCAUUCUUGCGUCUGUUUCUUGGGAUGCCACGAUGCAUUUGUGGGAUAUUUAUUCCAGAGGUGGUACUGGCAAACGGAGUGGAGACAGUUUGGAGAGUUUAAAAUUAUCAAAAGAUGCAGUGUCAGUAGCAUUUCGACCUGAUGGGAAGGAACUUGCAGUUUCUUGUAUUGAUGGCCAGAUAUGGUUUUGGGAUAUGGAUUCUGCUCAAGUCAUUGGAACAAUAGAGGGUAGAAGAGAUGCUUCUUAUGGAAGAAGUACAACAAGCUUAACAAGAGCUGGAACAGAAAACUUUUUCAGUUGCAUUUGCUAUUCUCCCGACGGGAAGUUCCUUCUUGCAGGAAGUGAUACCAAAUAUUGUUGUGUUUAUUAUACUCCUUCGUUAAGUCUAUUGAAAAGGUUUUCCAUUUGUGAAAAUCGCUCCAUUGAUGGUACACUAGACAAAUUAAACUCAAGAUAUCUGUCGGAGGAAGGAAAUCCUUUGAGUUUGAUAGAAGACUGGGAUAGCGAAGAUGACGAGUAUUUUAGAAGGCGCCGUUUGGAUGAAGAAUAUCUUCCAGGACAAUCUUUGAUGACCAGCAAGAGAAAAAAAGUAUUUCGAAUAAGAACCCGGGAAGUGAAGUUUAGUCCGACUGGAGCUAUGUUCGCAGUUGUUACUACAGAAGGAUUAAUCUUAUUUUCCUCCGAAGAUUCUUUUGUUUUUGAUCCUGUAGAUUUACAGAUGGACGCAACUCCCGAAAACGCUUUAUAUCUUUAUGAGAAUAAGGCCUAUUCUUCAGCCAUCAUUAUUGGAUUGCGUCUUGAUAACCAAACUUUGUUAGAAACACUUCUUAGCGGAAUCGCUGUGGAUGAUAUUCCCGAUAUUAUUGUUCAGAUCCCAUCCAAGUACUUUUGUAGAUUAUUAGCGUUUUUAAUUAGUCGCCUUGACACUGAUGUUCAUUUGGUGGAUAAUCUGUUCUGGAUUCGAAACCUUCUUCAUGUUCAUCUUCGUGAAGCAUUGAAGCAAAAUGCUUCUGAAGUUCUGAAUCUUUUGAAAAAUGCACGUUUACGAAUUUUGAGAUACAAAGACACACUACUUAAAAUUACUACGGAAAAUACUCAUGUUUUGGAGUAUCUUAUUGCUAUGAAAAGUUUAAACACUUUGUAAUGAAGAAAUGUUUCAAUAAAUAU